UCUCCCCCGCGAAUCUCUCUCUUUCUGUGCUAAAUUGUUAAUUCAAUUCAAUCCGAAUCCAAUUUUAAUUAAUAAAUUAAUUAAUCAUCGUUCCCAUCUCUCCAAAUGCAGCUUCACCGUCUCCUUAUAUUCGUCAAUCCUCUUCAUUAAAUUUUUUUUUUGACUCCCGGCUUUCAAAAAUGGCCGCCGGAGUCGUCGCCGACGCUUCCGCCGCGUUCUUGCUCCGCCUUGUCCACGACAUCUUCGCCGUGAGUGUGACUGCCGGAGUGUUUAAAAAGGAUUGCACGGAUCUGGUCAGGAGGAUAGCUCUCUUCACGCAUUUGCUCGAGGAAAUCAGAGAUUUCGGACCGUCUGAGAAUGAUCACGCUUCCUCCUCUUCUGAUUCUUCAUGGUCGGAUGAUCUCGCCAUUGCUCUGCAGGCUGCUAAGCGUCUAUUGUCUGCUGCUUCAGUCUACCAGUCCGUUAAUUCUUCUGAUGGGGCUGCCAAAAGAAUUUCUUUCCAAUUUCAAUGUGUUACUUCGAAGCUGGAGAAAAGUUUAGCCAAAAUUCCAUUUGAUCAGUUUCAAAUCUCAGAGGAGGUUCAGGAACAGAUCUCAUUGGUGAGAGCGCAAUUGAGAAGAGCAACAGAAAGAUAUGGGUCUUUGAAUUCGAGUAAAGUUUUGAAUGCAAUUUCCCAUCCACUCGAAAAAGGUGGUGAUACCAACAACCAUGAUAUUUUAGGAAAGAUGGAUGGUGUACCAGAAAAUCCUGGUGCUGUUGAGGAAACUAAGGUAUUGGAAAGAGUGAACAGCUCCUCAACUCCUUCUGAGGCAUUCCUUUCGAACGAAAUCGAUUCGAAACGGAAAGAGAAUCUGGCCACUAAGGGUACUGACCAAACCAAGAAACCCGAUGCACUAGUAAUUCCAGUUGAUUAUCUAUGCCCGAUAUCUUUGGAAUUAAUGAGGGAUCCGGUUAUUGUAGCUACAGGGCAGACAUAUGAGAGGUCUUACAUACAGAGAUGGAUAGAUUGUGGCAACGUAACGUGUCCGAAAACGCAGCAGAAGCUGGGAAAUUUAACUCUAACCCCUAACUAUAUUCUGAGAAGUCUAAUAAGUCAAUGGUGUACUAGACAUAAGAUUGAGCAGCCAAGUGGAUUAGCAAACGGUAGGCUCAAAAAAAGCGACGGAUCUUUCCGUGAUGUUAGUGGUGACAUGGCAGUCAUCCAGGCACUGGUCUCUAAACUGUCAACCCGGUGCUUAGAGGAACGUAGAGCAGCUGUGGCUGAAAUCCGAUCACUGUCGAAACGAAGCACAGAUAACAGGAUACUAAUUGCAGAUGCAGGAGCGAUUCCCGUCCUGGUCAGCCUCUUAACAGCAGACGAUGUUUCAUUGCAAGAACAUGCAGUAACUUCUAUUCUUAACCUGUCCAUAUUUGAAAAUAACAAGUCUCUUAUAAUGCUUGCCGGUGCCAUUCCUUCCAUUGGCCAAGUUCUCCGAGCCGGAAGCAAGAGAGAUGCGGCGGCUACCCUUUUUAGUUUGUCACUUGCAGAUGAGAACAAAAUAAUUGGUACAUCAGGGGCAAUACCAGCUUUGGUGGAUUUGUUACAACAUGGAAGCACUCGAGGAAAGAAAGAUGCUGCCACUGCUCUAUUCAAUCUAUGCAUUUAUCAGGGGAACAAGGGCCGGGCCGUUCGAGCCGGUAUUAUAACAGCACUGCUGAAGAUGCUCACGGAUUCAAGAAACUGCAUGGUCGACGAUGCUUUGACGAUUCUAUCGGUUCUUGCUAGCAACCAUGAUGCUAAGGCAGCUAUAGUUAAGGCUAGCACCAUACCGGUCUUGAUCGAUCUUAUUCAAACUGGUUUACCCCGAAACAAAGAGAAUGCAGCUGCCAUUUUACUUUGUUUGUGUAAGAGAGACUCUGAGAAUCUGGCCUGCUUAAGUAGGCUCGGUGCGGCGAUCCCGUUGACGGAGCUUGCCAAGAACGGGAGCGAGAGGGCAAAGCGGAAGGCUACUUCAUUGUUGGAGCACCUUCGAAAUUACAGCAGCCGUGACCCUUUUGAUUGUUGCAACAAAGAGUUUGUUAAUUGUUUUCUUUUCCAUUCCAUAAAUUACACAAGAAUUCUUUUGGGAAUCAAGUUUUGUAGAACUAGAAUGAAUCCUGUGAAACCAUUUUCUCGCGAAGAGCAUUGUAUUCGAGAUGAUGCAAUGUUUAACCGUUGGAGUAUUUGGUCUUACUACCUUGUCCCGAAACCGGCUGAAGCUCGUAUGAGUAGACUCGAAAUGAAGAAAAAGAUCAUGGAGAAGGCUGGGGUAUCUAAGCCAAAAACUGAGAAAAAUGGGAUGAUGAAGUCUCCAACACCAACUUUUCCACUUCCACUGCCACCUCCAGAAGGCACGGCUGGACCAUUGGUGGAAGCAACCGUUAAGAACACGGCUCCGCCUAACAAUGCUUCGUGA